AGUCUCGCGAUCGUCAUCGCGUAGAAACGUGAUUCUCGUUUACGAUAGUUACCACCACGACGUUGUUUCAGCGUUGGCUCGCGUCUGAUAUCGUGACAACUGCUGUGUUGUGAAUAUAAAAUGUAAUACUUGUGAAUUUUACUUUUUUCCUUCAUCGCAUACACGUAAAAACGAAUCUUUUUUUCUUUCGCAAAUGUUAAUUUCUUCGACCUGUUGAUGAGAAAACAACGAAUUUCAAGAAGGACUUUCGUCGUAUCACAAAAGGAAGGAGGAAGAUCGUAAUUUCGCAAAGAGAUCAUUCGAGAUAGUCUCUUUGAACGAACGUUUGCUGUUACCGUUUGCCUAGUGGUCGAUCAUCGGCUCGUUGAUCGACGCGUUGAUCCGGCUCCCUAGGUGGGAAGUUCAAAGCGGAAGAAGAAGUUGGGGGAGAGAGAGAGAGAGAGAGAGAGAAGAGAAGAGAAGAGAAGAGAAGAGAAGAGAAGAGAAGAGAAGAGAGGAGAGGAGAGAAAGAGAGAGAAGAGGAGAGAAAGAGCAGAGAGAGAGAGAGAGAGAGAGAGAGAGAGAGAGAAAUCGGAAGAGGAGAAUCUCGAGUACCCCCGCGUGUUCAUCGACGGUGAUGUGGUGUUUAACCCCGUUAGAAUCCAGCGGAUCGUGAACAGAUCGAGAGCAGCCGAACAAUAGAGCCGCUCACCACCGGUGCGAUAUUUCUCGAUGGGUUGCUCGUAGCCCGUGAUCGCCUGCGCGUAUUUGUCCGGUGUCUAUAUCGCAUCACUACUACGACGACGACGACCAAGAGGAGGAAAGAGGAGGAGGAGGAGGAGGAGGAGGAGGAGGAGGAGGAGGAGAAGGUGGAGGAGGAGAGGAUAGGUCGUAGUGGCAGGAAGAGAUCGUCGUUAUAGGGGGAGAUCGCCAUAGCUGAUCGUACCACCCAAGGUGGCACAGAUUGAGAGGCCCCAUCAGCGUAACAUCCUCUCGACGAUUCGAAGCAUUUCGCGAACCACAUCGUUCCACGACUUGAUAUCACCUUUUCUAUUUCUCUCAUUUCUCUUUCUCUCUUUCUUUCUCUUUUUCUUUUCUUUUCUCUUUCUGUCUAUCCCUUUUUUUAUACAUCUUUAUCUCUCUCUUUCUCUCUCCCCACUCUCUUUCUUUUUUUCCUACCACCCUGACCUAAAGCAGAGGACUCCGUGGACAUUCGGAAGUAACAAUUAUUGGACACGCACAAGAGAAGAGUAGAAAUUUGCAACAAGGAGAACACCCAUCUCCUCCUCUUCCUCCUCUUCUUCCUCCUUCCUUCCUCCUCUCUUCUUCCUACUCACUCUAUCUCGUUCUUCUCGUCGAGUAGCACCACGCAUCGGACACUUCCGGCUUUGCGGAAGCGACGCUCCAUGUGAACGACUGACGGUGAUCGCCUCACCUCGCGACUCAACCCAUUCAUCCAACAACGAUUUCGUCAUGGAGACCGCUACCGAACUAUCUCCUUUGUCUGGCCCGGAAAAGCAAGGUAGGGGAGUUGAAAGAACCUCCUAUUAUCCGCAAGAACCAGGUAAAAGGCCACAAACCAGGAAAGAAAAAAUGCAAUCAUGUUUGAGGCACAACGCCUUGACCAUAUUAACCGUUGGUGGCGUAGUCGGUGGUAUUGUCUUAGGAAUAAUCCUAAGGAAUUCCCGAAGCGAUAGAUAUACAAAUCGUGAGAUCAUGUAUAUCAAUUAUGCCGGCGAUCUAUUUCUAAGAAUGCUCAAGAGUUUAAUCCUGCCGCUUAUCAUGUCAAGUUUGAUCUCAGCUAUCGGAUCCUUGGACCUAUCUCUCAGCGGCAAAAUCGGUGCACGUGCAAUUUGCUAUUACAUGGUCACAACGAUUAGUGCAGUUGUACUCGGUAUAAUUUUGGUUAUAUCUAUACAACCAGGUGUAGGUAGCUCUGCUAAUUACGAAGAAAAAGUUCUUUCACAAAAUUCAUCGACGGUUGAUACGCUCUUGGAUUUAGUUAGAAAUAUGUUCCCUCCGAAUCUGGUGCAAGCAUGUAUUUCUCAAAUGCGUACAGUAGUUAAAAAACCAGUGGACGGCGACCAAGAAGAUAUGGAUAACUGGGACUUCACCGAAAAGGAUAUUCCUGGCAUGAAUAUUCUCGGUUUAGUUGUUUUCUCAACCGUAUUGGGCAUCACUCUAGGUAAAAUGAAUCAGGAAGGGAAACCGCUUCUGAACUUUUUCGAAUCCUUAUCAAGCGCCAUGAUGCUAAUCACCAAUUGGGUAAUUUGGUUGUCACCAGUCGGUAUACUCUUUUUGGUAGCUGCAAAAAUAGUAGAAAUGGAAUCAUUGGAACAAAUAGUCUCACAACUCGGCAUGUACUUCCUAACAGUUUUAAUUGGCCUUUGUAUUCACGGUUUCAUCAUAUUACCCGGAUUGUAUUUUGUGGUAACAAAGAAGAAUCCCUACCGUUAUCUGUCCAACAUGGCACAGGCAUUGGUUACUGCAUUUGGUACAUCAUCGAGUUCGGCGACAUUACCAGUUGCCAUAAAUUGUCUCGAAGAAAGAAACGGCGUUGAUCCACGAAUAACCAGAUUUGUACUACCGAUAGGAGCUACAAUAAACAUGGACGGUACUGCUUUGUACGAAGCAGUAGCCGCGAUUUUUAUAGCACAAGUUCGCGAAGUCAGCCUUACUUUUGGACAAUUAGUGGCGAUCAGUAUUACUGCAACUGCCGCAAGUAUCGGAGCAGCUGGGAUCCCGCAGGCGGGAUUAGUUACUAUGGUGAUGGUUCUAGACACAGUACAUCUUCCAUCGAACGAUGUCUUCCUUAUUCUUGCGGUUGAUUGGCUAUUGGAUCGCUGUAGGACGACAGUAAAUGUUAUGGGAGAUUCUCUUGGUGCAGGAAUCGUUAAUCAUUUAAGUAAAAAUGAAUUAACAGCAUUACCACAACAUAGACAAACUCAAAAUGGAGCAGACCAUUCAAUAUCGAUAUGAAAUGUGUAAGUGUGUUCACAGUUCGACUACAAUAAUGCCCUAGUAGCAUUUAUUGGCAAUUGUUUUGAGAUCUAAUCUAGUUGUUUAUUAAAUUAUACGACAGUUCCAACGAUUUUGCUGUUAAAAUAAAAUAAAGAAACGUGAUUAAUUGGCUCACUGCAUAUUCGCACGUGCAUAUAAUUAUAAAUAAAUAAUAAAUAAAAAAUUGUAACGAAACAAAAAAAUAUAUAUAUCAUAACGAUUAUAUAAAAAUCACGAUUAUUGUGUGCGAUCAGUAAAAUACUGCCUAUCUAUUGGAGCUAGUUAUUUUAAAUGUGUUCUCUCUCUUAUGUAACAUCAAUAUAUACUUAUAUCAAAAAUUGUAAUAACAUUAAUAAUAGUCGCGAUUUAAUGGUAGAAUCGUCAUGUGGCCAUUUACGUUCUGGAUUUAGUGUUAGAAAUAAUAGCAAUAUAAUAACGACAAUAAUCACGGUAACACUCGUUUAUUGAAUUGCUCUAUAAUACUCUAUAAUCUACUUGUCUGAUAAUAAUAUAAAGCAUAUUCUUUUGAAUCAAAUAUAUUGAUCAUCUAACAUUAUUUUAGUUAAGUUAGGAUAUUUAUGUAAAAAUAUUAUAUACAUUUACUGAGUGGCAAAGAUAAUAGAAGGUUUUCUAUACAAUAUCAACAAAAAAUUUGAGGAACUAUAUAGAUAAACUUCUAAUUGCAGCAUUUCUUGAUUCUUUAUUUCUUAUUAUAGUAAUAAAACGUGUAAGUGUACUCGUUACAAACGUAACAAUUUUAAUUUAGAGCAGUAUUUUUGUAAUACGACGAUAAAUAGUUUCAAAUUUAUCCAUACAUACAUACAUACAUACAUAUACAUAUAUAUAUAUAUGCGCAUAUGUGUGUACGCUUUAAUAUAGUAUGACGUUGAUUUUACCAAAUCUAAUCAUGAGAAAUAAUAUCCAUUCCAAUAAUGUUAAAAUUUAUAGUAAUAAUAUAUGUAAUCAUUGGACAUUACAUACAUAUAUUAAACAUAUCCAAGUCAUAAAGAUAUUGCAAUUAAAUGGUCAUGCUUCAGAAAUAUUUAUAAAAAAAUAUUUAUUGGUGUUAUAUCUUAUAAAUACCGUGAAAAUAUUUAUAAAAUAUCCUAUUUUAUGUUACAUACAUUUCAAUUUUAUUAAAAAAUUUAAGCAAAUUUUAGAAAUAUAUUUUUAUAUUGGUUCUGAUAAAGGUAGGCAUUGAUAAAGAUUACAAAUAACACUCGAUAUAAUUUUAUCAUUUAAUUGCAUAACAUUUUGUUUAUAAGAAAAUAAUGCAAGCAUUAACCAGUGAUCUAUAUCAAAACAAAUAUCAAUUUAACAAAUCAUUAAGAAAUUUCUUUUUACUUGCUUUAUCGUUUACCUUUUGAUGAUUUUAUUUUAUGCAUUUCAAUUAUAUAAUAAAAAUUAUACCUUUUUCUUAUCUUUUAGCCACUAUUGUGAAUAUUUAAGAAAAAUAUCAAAAUACGGUAGGACUCUUAUUAAGUAAAGUUUAAUUAUAUAGCUUGUUAUCUAUAUAAACUUCUAUUAUUUGAGAUACAUAAUUAAAUUAUACAUGUGAAAAAUACUUUUAUAGUAUACAUUAAAUAGUUUCAACUUAUCCAAUAUUGAUCGAGCUAUUUAAUUUAUGUCCUACUGUAGUUAUGAUAAUACAAAUAUUCAAUUAUAAGUAAUAUAAUCGAUUAGAAAAAAUAAUAUUGGUGCCAUUAAAUAUUACUAAUGCUACUUUUAAUGAACUUUAUUGUGUUCAUCUUUUUGUUAUGUUCAAAACUAUAUAAGAAAUGGACCGUUUAAAGAUAUUAUUCGAUAGUUUUUAAUUAACUGUAACAAAUAUCUAAAACAAUUAAUGUAUAAUGUAAUUUAUAAUUCACAUCUCUGUAUAAAAAUAGGAUCUGCACCUUUACUUAUAAAUAUGCCAUAGACGCAAAACUAAAGAUUAUGUACAGUCAUCUCUAUAAAUAAACAAUUGUUGUGCUUAUAUGUAAA